AUGUGCCACAACGUCAUCGACGGCAGGCUGCACCUCUCUUGCCAACACUUCAUUCCGAUGUCUACUCGUCAGCAAGACUGUCUGCGUCCGAACUGUCUAUUCAGCAGGAACCACAUUCAUCCAAUCGGUUGCAGGGAGAAGUCUUGCACACGGAUGAUGAACCCGCCGCAGCGCAACCCGAUUAGGAUCAGCGAUAGCAAGUGCCAGGACUGCAUCAUCCGCGGCGACGGUCGAGGGGUCCUCGCCUGA